AUGGGCCGGGACGUAGAGGAAGCGGCAGAAGAAGAGGAAGCAGGGGAAGCAGAGGCUGCUGGGGAGGCAGAGGAGGAGGAAGCAGAGGAGGAGGAAGCAGAGGAGGAGGAAGCAGAGGAGGAGGAAGCAGAGGAGGAGGAAGCAGAGGAGGAGGAAGCGGAGGAGGAGGAGGAGGAGGAGGAGGAGGAGGAGGAGGAGGAGGAGGAGGAGGAGGAGGAGGAGGAGGAGGAGGAGGAGGAGGAAGAGGAGGAGCGGAGCAGCGCAUACAUGGACAUGACAAAGCCGGGAGUGCAGAAGCCACACUGA